GACAAAAGGGACGCGCGUGAACUAUGAACAAGGCAACUGGCAACUGGCAACUGACGGGCAAUCGGCAACCGUUGGAGAAAAAGGCAGCAGCGGCGCCAGCUGCCAAUGGCAAGGCCGCCGCCCCAGCGCCAGCUGCCAAUGGAAAAGCGGCCGCCGCGCCAGCUGCCAAUGGAAAAGCGGCCGCUGCGCCCGCUGCCAAUGGAAAAGCAGCAGCUGCGGCAGCGCCCGCCGGCCCGCCAAAGGAUCCCAACGAUCCCAAAGUGAAGGCCGAGGAGGCUAAGAAGGCUAAACAGGCUGAGAUCGAGCGCAAGCGCGCCGAGGUGCGCAAGCGCAUGGAGGAAGCCUCCAAGGCCAAGAAGGCCAAGAAGGGUUUCAUGACCCCAGAAAGGAAGAAGAAACUCCGGUUGUUGCUGCGCAAGAAAGCCGCUGAGGAAUUGAAGAAAGAACAGGAACGCAAAGCGGCUGAACGUAGACGCAUCAUUGAAGAACGUUGCGGCAGCCCCAGGAAUCUCAGUGAUGCCAGCGAAGGCGAAUUGCAAGAGAUUUGCGAAGAGUAUUACGAGCGUAUGUAUAUUUGUGAAGGCCAGAAAUGGGAUCUGGAAUACGAAGUCAGGAAAAAAGACUGGGAGAUCAACGAUCUCAAUGCUCAAGUUAACGAUCUUCGCGGCAAAUUCGUUAAGCCAGCCUUGAAGAAGGUCUCCAAAUACGAAAACAAAUUUGCCAAGCUGCAGAAGAAGGCCGCUGAGUUCAACUUCCGCAACCAGCUGAAGGUGGUCAAGAAGAAGGAGUUCACACUGGAGGAGGAAGAGAAGGAGAAGAAACCCGACUGGUCCAAGGGCAAGCCCGGCGAUGCCAAGGUAAAGGAGGAGGUUGAGGCCGAAGCUUAAGUGUCCGCGUCCACGUAGUGUCCACUGUACCACCCGUGACUCCCGCCCUAAACAAUAAUAAUUCAAUAUAAACAAUUAUUUCACCAAAAAAAAAACACAAUAUCUGAUGCCAAAUAUCCAAAGUCAAACAAUAUACGUGUAUAUAUCUCACAAUAUAUAUCUCUAUAUAUAUAUAGCCUAUGCAUAUAUACAUAUAUAUAUAUAUGCCAUAUAUGUGUGCAUACGAAAUAAAGUACCGCUAAAGCUUGAUCAGAAACUUAAAAAAUAAAUAAAGAAAAAAGAAAAAAAAAAA